AUGGGACCAAAGAAGCAGCAGCAGCCCGAGACCUCCAAGAAGGCGCUCGGCCAGGCCCGCAAAGCCGACAAAGCCGCCGCCAAAGCCGGCGCCGAGAGCGCAAAGCACGCGGCCGCGGAGGACGAGGAGUGGAGUAAGGGGUCGAAGGAUAGUGGGAAGAAAGAAGCCGCCGACGCCAAAAAGCGCGAAGCCGCCGCUCGCAAAGCCGCCGCCGCCGCAGCCCUCGCCGAAGAAGAAGCUUCCCUCCCCUCAAAACCCAAGACCAAGUCCAAAGCGCCCGAAAAGCGCACCCGCGGCGGUGGCAGCGGACUCGACGGGGCCCUCGCCUCCCUCAACGCCUCGGGCAUCGACGACGCGCUCGACGCGCUGUCGCUCACGGCCGACGCAGCCAAAGUCGGCGUGGACCGGCACCCGGAGCGGCGGUACAAGGCGGCGUAUGCGGCGUACGAGGAGCGGCGGCUGCCCGAGGUGCGCGAGGAGCACAAGGGCCUGCGGCUGAACCAGAUGAAGGAGCUGAUUCGCAAGGAGUUUGAGAAGAGUCCUGAGAACCCGUUUAAUCAGACGGCCGUGGUGGGGUAUGAUGCGACGAAGGAGGAGAUUGAGGAGGCGAGGAGGAGGGAGAAGGAGAGGAUUGAGGCGAGGUUGGCGGGGAAUUAG